CUUCCUGUUAAGCACGCAUCACAUGAUUGUCUUCUGCAGUGACGUCAUUCACACACUCGCACGGAACAAAAGGCAGACAGUCAGGUGACUGUCAAGAGAACACAGCCCGAGCUCUUUAAACGCUUUUAGCGAAUGAGAGAGAAGAUGUCUAGAAGCGUAAAAAAGCUCACUGGGCUCGUGGCAGCUACAUUCACACCACUCACUGCAGAAGGGGAGAUCAAUCUCUCUGUAAUUGGACCAUACAUUGAUUACUUAAUAGAGAAGCAGAAUGUCAAGAGUGUGUUUAUUAACGGCACAACAGGUGAGGGCUUUUCUCUAACUGUGGACGAAAGGAAGCAGCUUGCUGCAGCUUGGUGCCAACAUGGAAAGGCCAAGCUUGAGCAAGUGAUUGUUCAUGUUGGCUGCAUGAGUAUAAAAGACUCUCAAGAACUGGCUCGGCAUGCCGCCAGUAUAGGUGCUGAUGGCAUAGCAGUAAUCUCUCCUUCCUAUUUCAAACCCAUUAAUGCAGAUGCAUUGAGGUUGUACCUAAAAGAAGUGAGCACCUAUGCUCCAGAUCUUCCGAUGUAUUAUUAUCAUAUUCCAGGCAUGACUGGUGUUGCAUUGGAUGCAGCUGAUGUGCUAAAUGGGAUAGAGCGGAUGAUCCCCUCAUUUCAGGGAGUGAAAUACACUGGGACUGACUUGAGGGAUCUCGGGCAGUGUGUCUGUUACAGUCAGUCCCAUAACUGGUCUGUCAUGUUUGGAAUAGAUGAGCAACUCUUGGGAGCUUUGGUACUAGGUGUUCAUGGAGCAGUAGGGAGCACAUAUAACUACCUCGGAUGCAGAGUGAACCAGAUGCUUGCUGCUUUUGAUAAUGGCAACCACAUGCAGACCAGAGCACUGCAGUUUGAAUUUAUGGAGGUUAUCACAUUUGCUAAGAACCUUGGUGAGUUGAUUGUUUUCCACAUACAUUACCUUUCAAAUGUUUGGAUUUCUUUUUGAAAGAAGUCUCUUAUGCUUACCAAGGCUACAUGUAUUUGAUUAAAAUACAGUAAAAACAGGAAUACUGUGAAAUUUUAUUACAAUUUAAAAAUAAUUGUUCUGUAUUUUUAUAUAUUUCUAAAUGUAUUUCAUUUCUGUGAUGGUAAAGCUGAAUUUUCAGCAGCAAUUACUCCAGUCUUCCAUGUCACAUGAUCCUUCAG